AUGAAUGAAAGAGAUGGCAUUAUAAAAAAAAUCGAUCUUGAAGAUGGUGGUGGCAGUCGUUUUUGUAAAUGGGAUCCAAUUGAUAUUGAUUUCGAAACUAUUCAUCGUAAUCUUAUUGAAAUUUUUAAAUUAGGAGAACACAAAUUAAAAACAUCAUUAUAUGAUUUUCGACGUAAUCCAUUAGAUAUUAAUCAAUAUAAUACAUUUUUCGAAUAUGUUAAUAAAAAUGGACUUAAUUGUUCUAGUACUAUUAUAUAUCUUUGUAUUCAUCAAGCUGAUGAUAAUGAUAAUCAAACAAUAAUAUUAAAUAAAAAGAAAGAAAGAUUUUCUGCAAAUUUAUCAUCAUCAAUGUCAAAUUCAUUAAUAUUACAACAAAAAAAAUCUAUUUUAACAGAAACUACAUCUUUAAUAACAUCUGUGGAUAAUAAAUAUGUUAAUAAAUUUCAAGAUGAAUGUAAUCAAAAACAACAAAUAAACCAAUUAUCUACAUAUUCAUUUGAAAAAUCUACUAAUGAUUUAAUUAAUACUACUCGAAAUUUGAUUAAUCAAAAUGCUUUUGAUUUAAUUUUAAUAGAAUUAUUUAAGCAUAUUUGUAUGAUUCGAGGAUAUGUUUGUUCAAUUAUUAAUACAUUAAAUCAACAAAUACAUCACAUUAUUCAAAAUUAUCAAUUAAUAAAUCAAUCAGAAAUAAAAUUAUAUUCAAAAAGUUUAAAUGAAAUUUCUAAUAUUUGUCAAUCAGUGGAAAUAUUAAUUAAUUUAAAUAAGAAAAAAUUCGAUCAUAUUCAACAAUUUCCAAUAAUUGUUAAUUUAUUCUUUGAAUUUUAUGAAAACUUAAAGAUUUUAUACAAUAAUUGGUUUGAGCAUGUUGAAAAAAACAACAACAACAACAACAAAUAUAAUACAUUAUCAUCUUCAUUGAUUCGUCCAAUUGAAUCCAUAUCAUCAAAUUCGAAUAUAAAAUCUUCGUCGGAAUAUUCUAAUGAGAUAAAUGUAGAAAAUUUCAAAGAACAAUUGCAAACAUCAUCAUCAAAUAAAUCUGAGCGGUUAUCAUCAACACGAAAACUAUUUGAUGAUGAAGCUACUACAAAAUUCCUUCUAUUUCGUCAAUUAUUAACUCGUUUCAAUGAUUUAUCACAAUUAAUUAAAAAACAUAAUUUAUCAUCUUAUUAUCAAAUGGUUGAAUUAACAACUUCACAAAUAAAAGAUAUACGAUCACAUAUCGAUUUAUCAAAUGGUCUAUCAAUACUUAAGGCAAAAAACGAUAUUUUAUUAAUCAGAGCAGAAUAUAGAGAAAAAUUUAGUCAUAAGUCUAUAAAACGUAAUAAAUAUAAAGUUGGUCAAGAUAUUAAACAAUUUUAUAUAUGUCUAAUGAAAACAAUUCACAAUGUAUCGCGAAGGCUUCAUCGUCUUCGAACGUAUGUAGAUAAUAAAAAAACUUUAAGUAAACAACCAAUCAAAGUUUAUGGUCAAGUGGUUAAUUUUGAUACUGGAAAACCGCUUGAAAAUGCUAAAAUUGAUGUUUGGCAAUAUCAUCCAUUAACAGGAUAUAGUGUAUUUGGUUAUAAUUUCAGAGGCUAUUUUUUAACUGAUAACCAAGGAAAAUAUGAAAUUGAAACAUUGAUACCUGUUCCUUAUGUCUCAAUAAGGCCAAGCCAUAUUCAUGUUACAGUAAGCUCAUCAGGCUAUUAUAAAUUAACGACUCAGUUAUAUGUAAAUCCUCAAAUCAAAACUGAUUUUCUCAACCAUUUCAGACCUUUUCCACAACAUUUAAUUUUAGCUGUUGAACAAGCAAACAAAAAUGAUGAUAUACCACAAGCUAAAUUUACAUUCAGAUUAUGA